AUGUUCAUUUUAUUUGUACUUCUUCAUUUUAUUAUUUGCUAAUAAUAAGAUAAACUCACAUACGUUCACUUAGUCCCACACUCACAUGACGACUAUGGGUGGUUAUAUACUAUUGACGAGUAUUACAGCAAUAGGAUUAUCUAAUUUGGAUGGGAUUAUGGAAAUAUUAGGGAUAUUCUCAAUUCUGUUUAUAACGAGAUUCAAAAAAACCCUUAGAGAAAAUAUAUUCAAGUAGAAAUAGGGUUUCUUAGUAUGUGGUGGGAUAGGUAGACAGAAGAUGUUCGCUAAAAAUACAAAGACCUCGUUAAAAAUGGUUAAAUAGAAAUUAUAAAUGGUGGAUGGACUAUGCACGAUGAAGCAACAACAUACUUUGAAGACAUAAUAGAUUAAAUGACUGUUGGUCAUCAAUGGGUAAAAGAUCAUCUAGAUGUUAUUCCUUCUAUUGGAUGGUAAAUUGAUCCAUUUGGUCAUUAAUCAACGAACGCAGCUUUAUUUAGUCAAAUGGGAUUCAACGCAUAAUGGUUUGCUAGAGUUGACUACUAAGACUUUGAAUACAGAAAAAGUGAAAAAAGACUAGAAAUGAUUUGGCAACCUUAAGAGCAAUGCGAAGAAAACUAUAUUUUCUCUGCUGUAAAUUAUAAGCAUUAUGAUGCUCCAACUAAUUUCUAUUUUGAAAGAGAUGAGCAAGUUACUCCUUAUAAUGUUCAACAUAAGGCUUAAGAAUUCGUGAACUAUUUUAAAUAAAUGCAGAGAAGUUAUCGUACAAAUCACCUUAUGCACACCAUGGGAUAGGAUUUUGCGUUUAGUAAAUCUGAAAUAUGGUUUAAUAGCAUAGAUAAUCUGAUUGAUUACAUAAAUAGUAGAAAAGAUUAAUUUGGCAUGGAAAUUCUAUACUCCACUCCUUCUAAGUAUUUAGAAGAAAUUAACAAAUAAUAAAAUAUCUGGCCUGUAAAUAAUAAUGACUUUUUCCCUUACGCUGACAAUUCUAAUGCUUAUUGGACUGGGUAUUUUACAUCUCGUCCAGCACUUAAAGGCUUAACUAAAGACGCAGGAAGAUAUUUGCAAGCUGUAAGAAAUAUAAUUUCGUUUGAAAACAUCCAAAAAAGGACAAACGUGCUUACAGUUUAAUUUGAUUUUAUGUACAAUUAAUUAGAAUACUAUGAACAAUAAAUGGCAGCUUUAAUGCAUCAUGACGCAGUUUCUGGUACAGAAAGACAACAUGUUGCUAACGAUUAUAUUAAAAGAGUAUGUGAAGGAUAAAAGAAAGUAAGAGAUUUUCUACAUCCACUGCUUUAAGAAUAUGCUUUAUAAGAUAUUUUUGAGUCAGAAAUAAAAUACCAUGAAUGUCAUUGGAAUGUAACUUCUUCAGAGUGCGAAAUUACUAAUUCUUUAAUUUCAAAUAACAAGCCUAUUUUGAUAAGUAUAUUUAAUCCUUCAGUAAAGAGAUAGAUGAAUAUCAGAAUUAGAAUUCCUUAAGCUAACGUGACAAUUUUAAAUGAUAAGAAUCAAUUUCUAAAAACUGACUUUAUUUGUUCAAAUCCAGAGAAUAAGACAGACUGCGAUUUGUAUUUUAGGGAUCUGUUUUAAGGAUACUCUUUUUAGCACUAUAAAAUAGUAUUUUUUAACUCCAAUUACCACAAAAAUGUUCAACCUCUUUAAAUACCUGAAGACAAAACAUAAAUUAAAAUUGAGUUAUCAAGUAUUUCUAAUCUAAAAAUAGAUUUGCAAGCGAAAAAAUUUACCUAUUAAACCUGGGAAACUAGUUAAAAAUAUUCAGAUUUCUAAAUGCAACAGUAUAGAGAGUAUGAUUUUUCCUUGAAUUAUAAUUUGUAUUACUCGUCUUAAGACUGGGGUCAAUCAUCUGGAGCUUAUAUAUUUAGACCUGAAACUCAAUAAAGCCAUACUUAUUCAGAAAUUAAAAAUAUUGUUGUUUACUAAGGCCAAUUAGUUACAGUAGUGCUUUUAGAAGGAGAACAUGUAACAACUUAGUUGAGAUUUUACUCUGCAAACUAUGAUAAGGUAAUUGAAGUAGAGACUUUUGUACACCCAAUACAAGUUUAAAAUACAGGCAAAGAAAUAAUUAUGGUUUUAAAUACAGGAUUAUAAAAUAAUAAAACAUUUUACACAGACUCGAAUGGGUUAGAUAUGCAAAAAAGAGUACUCAAUUUUAGACCUACUUGGAAUUUACAACUAUAAUAAGAAGUAAGUGGAAACUACUAUCCUAUUGGUGCAUUAAUAAGUUUGAAGGAUAUUAAUUCUGAUUAAUAAGUUUCUGUUGUUACUGAUAGGUCUUAAGGUGGUACAUCAUUAAAAGAAGGAUAAAUAGAAAUUAUGAUACAUAGAAGAAUUGUAAGGGAUGAUGCUAGAGGAGUUGGUGAAUCUCUAAAUGAGGUUGAUUAAAGAAAUCAAGGUAUUUCUUAAAAAAUUAGGCAUUUUAUAAUUUUUGAGAGGUAAAAUGAAUAAUUAUCUAGAAGAAUUUAAAACGAAUUAGAUGCUUCACCUUUAAUUUUUUUCUCUUAGACUAAAAAUUAAUAUUUUGAUUACAGAAGCAAUAGUUAAAAUAGAAACAAAAUUAUAGAAAAUCAAAAUAUUUAUCUGAGAGUAUACUUGAGAGCAUAUAAAAAUUACUAUACACUGAGGUUGUAUAAUGUAAAUGAUAUAUCUUCUGCUUAAUUUGAUAUCCCUUAGAACUAUUAAAUUUUAGAAGAGCUCACUCUUACAGCUAACUAGAGUAAAAAAAGCUGGUCUGAAAAAUAAAUGAAGUGGACAAGCAAUAAUGGCAAGGUUUAUCAGGCAUAAUAAGAUAACUUUUAAAAAGAAAUAUAAGAAGGAAAAUUCAUUCUAAAACCUCUUCAACUAAGAGUGUUUAAAUUGAAUAUUGUCUCCACAUGA